CGAUUCACGCGGAUAGACCGAACUGUGAGAUAUAAAUAUGGAAUUAAUGAUGUGUAUUGCAAAUUGUUGACAUGACUGGGAAACGACUUUGUCAAAGCUAAAUGUUUAAGAAGAAGGCUAAUUUGAGCAGCCAAAAUGGAACAAAACGGUGCGUAUUUUACCUGGAUGUUUUGAAUCGAGCCGGCUGCUUAAAACAGCUCUCUGUCGCCGAGCACGAGACGAGUUACUGCCGCAUCGUGAUUUUUCCUUUUUUCUGCAACGGCGCGCCGCUUCGUAUAAUUUUGCUGUUAACCUGGUGUUUUUGUUGAUUCCUUUUAGGCUAUCCCAGGGCCAAUUUUACGCCAGCCACGAAACUUCCCUGGCCGAACGGGACAGACGUUAUGCAGAACAGAACACGGCUGAAUGGACAUGCUUCAAAGUAUGGGAAAUCCGUUGCUGCGACUAAGCGACAGAAAAAAUCUGGAAAUGCUGUUCGGCCAAAGAGAGCACUUCUAUGUCUGUCACUUGGCAAUCCUAUCCGAAGUGCUGCCAUAAAUCUCGUGGAGUGGAAAUAUCCUUUCAAAUAGCACUGUUUAGGGUUUCUGUUGAUAUUUUUAUCUCUCGAUUCUGCGGACGAUGUGGUGUUGUGAGUGGAACUUGUUAUGGUUUUGGCCUUGUAGUCUAAUGUCAUAGGUUUUAACGUUUCUGUUGCUUAUUUCUGUAUUUUACUUAAACGGAUUUCAGAUUUUCGCCUUAACUCUUGGCUUAAGCCUUUUGAUGUCAUGAUUUUGAUCACAAUUUUUGCGAACUGUGCUGCUUUGGCCGCUUACGAGCCAUUGCCCGAGAAAGAUAGCAGUGAAAUAAAUGAAGGAUUGGUAGGUAACUUGCUUAUUCAUCUCGCUUUGCGGGAUUUUUCUUUUUUGUAGUUUGAAUAUUCAUGCUGUGAAUGGUAGAUUAGGCUUUGCCUUUGCGAAUAUGUCAUUGAUAGUACAAGAUAUUAGUCCGUACGAUUUGGCUUAAAACUUUAUAUAUUUUUUUAAAUCGGAAAUUUGUACGCUGCUUUGUAUGACACCAGUCUGCAUUAUAUUGGGCUCGUGAAAAAAAAUAAAAAUAUAUUUAUUAGUAUUAUAUUGCUGUGGGUUGUAUUCCAUAUAACACGCUUUCCUUGUUUAGUUUUGGGUGAAUUUUUUAUUGGCUCAAUAUAGCGUUAAGGCAUAAAUGUUGGAACAAAACAAGACCUUAUGAGACGAGGUCAGACAUAGGACACGGUUUCUCUGUACCGGUUUAGCCUUCGAUCGGCAAUAAUAAAAGUUAUGGAACAGAUGAUCAUGGAGGUGUCGUUGAUUGUUCGUUCGAAAGUUUGUGUUUGAAUCGUCUGUUUCUUUUGUUUAGGUACAGGGAAAUUAGUUGCGUCUCCAGGCGCUAAGCGUAAAUAGUCAGUACACUUUCGUACUUGUGAAUAUUAAUUUAGUUCGUCGCGAUUUCAAAUAGGCUUGUAUGACAAAUUUUUUUGUGCUCACAGACAAAGCCUUAUCUCGCCUGGUGUUGUGAAAAAUAAUUGUGCAACUUAAGGCUCAGUUCACACGAUACAAAGAGAGUAUGUGAUCGUGUUUCUGUUCAAUUAAACUUUAAUGCGAGCUAAGGCGAUGCGUUCGAGUAAUCCGCUGAAAUCGUCGCUGUCAAUUUCACAGUCAUAAGAGUUGUGUGAAAUUGAUGACUUUGAGGGUAAACAAAAAUCGCCGUGGUUGAGCGAGGCUAACCUGCGAACAACUUGCUAAUCGUGCAUGAAACCAAAAGUAGAUCGAAUAAAGUAAAAUAUUAUUGCUUGGUUUCUUUCGCGUGUUCAGGGAAAUCUUUUGUUGGCUUCAUCGUGCGAUUUUUUUCUAUGGAUAAUGUAAAAAUUCUAGAAAUUGUCAAAAUUGCAGGACAUACACUGAAUUAAACGUUCGUCGCUGCCCGUGGCAUUCACUGAAUACCGAACCAAUCGAUGUUUAUCUCUAAAAUGUUUUUGAAUUAACAAAAAAGGAAGCUGAUUGCUUGACUUAAAAUAUCGUUGAUGAAGUAGGAGAACGCUGUGCCACGCGUUAAAUUUAAGCUUAAAUACAUUCUCAGACGACGGAAUUAUUUGCUGUGUGACACAAGCUACGUUAUUUGCCAUGAGAGUUUGCUAUCUUUUCAGAUUAAAGGGCGUAAUAAGUUUAAAGGUUUUGCUAGCGGACGUACUUAAAUGAUAUGGUUACUAUUUUUACAAGCUUGCAGACUUGUUUUCAAUCGUAUUUUUAUAUUUUUCGUCCAAUGAAAAUAAACAAUCACUUAAGCGACCAAACAAUAAAUAAAUUAUUAACUAAUUUUAUCUCAAGUUUUUCGGGCGCCUAUUAGUAGAGCUUUACCCUAUUAUCUGUCUAGUUUUCAAAUCUGAAACAAUUCUGGGGAAAAUGAAAGGAAAAACCCUGUCAUUUCGAGAAUUUGAAUGAUUUAGUAUCUGGGAAUACAAAAUUGUUUGAUGAUAUGUUGGAUGUGGUGUUUUCUCUCCAUUUCAACAAAGGCAGUUGAACAUUCAGUGUUAUUUUUAGGUGAACGUAUAACAUCCCUGAUUUCUAUUUUUGGGCAUCACGUUCUCAUAUAGCUUUUGAAAAGUAAACAAUUUAUAGAAGCAUUUAAUAAUAAUUAAUAACCAUUAAUUACCUUUUUUUUCAUAAACACAAUUUUUUUUUCUGUCUAGGCAUUCAAAUUGGAAGCUCAAAAUAAAAUUAUCUUUGCUUUUGUUUUAAGUGUAAAGUAUGUUACACCUUGAGGUUCUUUCCUUAUUUUGUUGGAUUAGCCUGUUAACUCAAGAAAGAAUGAUUUUUUUUUGUUUUUAUUGCUUUUUUAUUAUGUUUGAGCUUUACAACUUUUUGAACUUUUUAUCUUUAUAAUUUUUGGAUAAACUCUUUUGCGGUAGCCAGUUAAGUGAAACCUCUGCAUUAAUACUUUCACAUGGUACUACUUAUUCAUUUAUUUUUCAAUUUUGUGGACAAAAUCACAGUGUCAAAAGUCAAAUAAAAUUUAAAAUAUGUGGUAACAAACCCCACUAUAACGAGCCCCGCUAUGACAAAAUCCCCGCUGUAAUAAAUAUUUUGUCUGGUCGCUCGCAGCAGUCAGUAAAAACAACAGAUUUGAGCAGAAAUCACGGCUUGCUUUAAUUAAAAGUGUUUUUGAAGUUGAUAUCUUGAUUGUCAGUGCCUUACAGUUACAGUAUCAAAUGAAUCAAAAUGUUUCCUAUGGGCAGUAUUGAAUUUUUGGUAAUUGUUAUUUAUUAAAAUACCGUGCUAUGAUAAAUAUUUUUGCUGUUAACCAGAUAAUUCGUUAUCACGGGGUCUUCUCUUAACGAAGACCCUACUUUAAUGAACAAUUUUUUUGGGUACCGUGGCACUUCGUUAUAUCGGGGUUCUACUUUAGGAGAGAAGGUUAAUGAGGGGGUGUGAGGGGGGGGGGUUUAGGGUGGGGCACUAGUUUCUGGCACUAAAUGCUUCUUGAGAUAGCUUCAAAUUCCUUCUUUGUUUCACAAUAAAUAUGAGGUAAUCUGUUGAGUGAAUCCAGCAGUUUAUCUGUGACCACUUGGGUCUUUUUUCUUUUAGCCUCUUAAGUGUGAGAAUAAAUUUUAAAAUGCUCUUGCAUGCUUAUUCAUGAAACAAUACUUCGAUAAUAUUGAUUAUUAUGAUUGACAUUUCGUAUUUUUUUUGUUUUUAGGAAGUGGCUGAAUAUGUGUUCUUAGCAAUUUUCACUUUAGAAGCAGUUUUAAAGAUUAUUGCCUAUGGCUUUCUCUUCCAUCCUGGAGCUUAUCUUAGAAACGGAUGGAAUAUUUUAGAUUUUGUAAUUGUAGUAGUAGGGUAAGUGAUAAGUACUAUCUUAAAGUGUCCCUUUUACGAUAUUGUUACUGUGUUUAUAGCCUGCAAAGCAGGUGUACCAUGAAUAAUCUAAUAAAUGCCCUGGGCCCAGUUGUUCGAAGGCCGAUUAGUGCUUAACCCAGGGUUAAAUUUAACCCAGGUUUCUUUUUCUUUAAUUGUUUGAAAGCAUUUUCUCGGAAAAUUUUCUCUGUUAUUUUUAAGGGAAUCCAAUCAUCAACUUGUUGACAGAAAGAAUUAAACUGAAUUGACUUUUUAAGCUUUCAUAUCUGAAUUCAAAUUUCACACUUACCCUGGGUCAUCUUAACCCAGCUUUGAACAACCUGGCCUAGGGUGCCUAAAUUUUAGGGUCCAAGCAUAGAGGGAGCAUUUAUCAGAUAAGAGGCGUUUAUUUGGAAGUGGGCACUUAUUAGGUCAUGUACGGUAUUUUGCAGCGUGAACGAUGAUACCAAUGUUCUCUUGCCAUCUAAAUGUUGAAACUGAUGAGUAGGGGCAAGUCAAAAAAUUAUUACGAGGGAGAGGUUGAUGAAUUUAAGAUAGAGGAGGUCAGGGCUGUCAGUAAGUUCUGAAGCAGCCAUAGCAAAUGGAGAUUCAUCCAUAACCUCUCACAAAUAGUUUUAGUGUCACCUUUGGCUUUCCACUUUGAUCACCCGUAACAUCAAGUGAGCUCAGCUGUGACAGGUUUUAUGGGCUACAGUCCUUAAUGACAGGUCUGGAGGUGGAGGGAGGAGAGGGGAGGAAAAAGUUCCUUUCUCCUCCCUGCUCCUCCCACUGUACCUGCCACUCCUCCCAUAUAUUUUUUUUGCUUUCAAGAUGGUGUCCAAGAUAAAUUCACCACUGAGCUUUCCUUUAAAAGUAUGCCAGCUCUGCAGGUUAAUGUGCACAAGAUUCUAAGCUUUUUGGAAAGUUAUUAGAAAUGAUUGUACAUUAUUUUGCCUGUCUUCUUUACAGAUUAGCAACUAUUUUAGUAAAGGCAUUUUUGAGUUCUGGAAGCUUCGAUGUGAAAGCUCUAAGGGCAUUCAGGGUGCUAAGACCGCUAAGACUGGUCUCUGGUGUUCCAAGUAAGUGCCCUUGUCUUAAAUAUUUGGAAAUAUUGCAGGUUCCUUACAAAGUCUGAAUUCUUGAAAAAGUCAAAAACGUUUUCAAACCAGUAUUCCAGACCUGGAAAAAGUCUGGAAAAUGGUAAAAGGUCAGAAUAACUGCAACAUGUACUUAAUUAUGGCUAAGUGAAUUUUUUUCAGUAGUCAAGUCUUCUUUAAUCUUGAUGGCAGCCAAAACAUUCAAUCACAGAAUGAGAAGUUUUAGAAUUCUGUUAUGUCUGCUUUGCACAGCAGUUCACUGUACAUUUACAGUGCAUGGUGGGAAAAGCUUUAUUCCUGUGUUUAUCAAGGUUCUUACACAUCGCUUAUUUGAUAACCCUAAGUUUGGAAAGUAAGUUAUUAUUUUGGAAAAAGAAUGGUCAAAUUUCUUGAAUUGUGCGCAAAAAUCUGUACAGACCUGGUACCAACCAAACGUGGGACCCAUUUCUUUACUCUGAUUUGGACCCCACCAGAAAAAACCUAAGAAAAGAGGACCACAUGGGUCAUAAAUAUCUUCUGGAAAUUCAGAGAAAGAUUCCAAUUGAACAAAACAUUCUCGUUAAUUAUUUUAUUUAUCAAUUUCAUUUCAGGUUUGCAAGUUGUGUUAAAUUCAAUCAUCAAAGCAUUGAUUCCACUCUUCCAUAUCGCCUUGCUAGUAGUAUUUGUUGUCAUAAUAUAUGCUAUUAUUGGUGUGGAGUUGUUUAUGGGACGGCUCCACAUGACAUGUUAUGACAACAUAACAGGUAAUAGCUGUCUUCAUGUCCUCUUGCUAGUUUAGGCUUAGGCUUAAGUCAUGUGUGAUAAUGGCAGUAACUCAAUAUUGUAAAUGAUUAGUAUGGACUGACUGUGGCUAGGGGACUCAAGUAAAUGUACUUGUGUGUGGGUUAUUCAACAACUGCAAUGCAAUUUGUUUUUGUCAGCAAAGAAGCAGUCCCUAGAUUCAGAAAACCAAUCUAAGCUAAGAUGUAUCUCAACAAUUCCCACAGUGAAAAAACAAUACUCUUAAAAUAAAUUACACUUUACAGUGGCAGAUUCAGGGGAGGAGCCCAAAGGGGGCCAGGGGACCCCCUUAUUUUUAGACCCCAAAAAAUUUUUUGGAGACCCCCCCCCCCACCUUAUCUCAAGGUCUUGAUCUGGCACUGCUUUAACUUAAGAUGCCUUCCUAGAGUUCUGGGAGGGCUUAUAAGCAGCAUUCCUUUGAAAAGGGCCAUUCCCGCCCUUUUAUUAUGGAGUGUCCAUUAUGUCAGACCUUUGGAUUUGAAAGGUGAUACGCCAAUGAUUUCUCUUCUUACUGCAGGUUCACUAGCUAUGGAAGAGCCACACCCCUGCAGUGCAGGGGGGUCUGGGUUCCAAUGCGAUGCCAGUAAAGGAGAAGUGUGUGAAGGAGGCUGGAAAGGCCCUAAUUAUGGAAUUACAAAUUUUGAUAACAUUGGUCUGGCUUGCAUGACAGUGUUUCAAUGUAUCACUCUAGAGGGGUGGACAGAUGUACUUUAUAUGGUAUGUUUUUAAUUCUCUGGCAGCAUUCUACUUAACCGUUUAAGCCCCAAUAUCCACAUACAAAUUCUCCAAACUGAUCUCUAUACAUUUCCUUCAAGAAUUGGUUAAGAGAAUUUGAUAAAAGAUCAUGGCAUUUUCUCUUUGGUGAUCAUUUUAUUAAUUCUCAUAACUUUAUCUCUUGACAUUGUAUUGAUGUUAGGAGAAAAUUGAUGUUGCUCACUGUUGGCACCUAAAGGAUUUACCCAUUCUCUUUUAAGAGGAGUGUAUGAAUGCAAAUAUAUAGCCUGCAUAAUAGGCCCUUUAUGAGCCAAGCGAGGCAAACGCGACAUUUCGCGUGAAGCUUUACUUUUUCUCUUUCCCUCAUCUCGCGCUUUGCACUCAUCUCACGCUUUGCACUUAAUGUUGCAUUAACCUCACUUGGCCCACAUAGCGCCUGUUAUGCAGGCUAGCAAUUAUGUACCAAAGCUUGCUCCUUUUCGGCUCAAGUCAUGGCUCCUGACGAGUGCUUACAGGGACGAAUUCUUUAUUUGCUAUGUUGGGAGUGUUUGGCUUUUCUUGCAAUUGAUAUAAUUUAUUUCUUCUUUCAGAUAAAUGAUGCAGUAGGCAAUUCAUGGCCCUGGGUGUACUUUGUGACGCUAAUCAUCUGGGGAUCGUUUUUCGUUCUCAACUUAGUCCUUGGUGUUCUCAGUGGGUACGAACCCUUUCUUGUCUAGUGAAGUCUUUUUAUAUACUUGUGCCCCUUUUCUUCGUUUAAGAGUUAAAAGUUCUGCUUUGGCUGUGGUGUGUUAAUAACCGUCUCUUUUUUUAAUCGUACGUUAUUUUUUUUCGCAGAGAAUUUGCCAAAGAAAAGGCUAGGGCACAAAAAAGUGGGGAAUUUCAAAAGUUUAGAGAAAAGCAGCAAGUCGAGGAAGCAUACAAUGGUUAUCUUGACUGGAUAACACAAGCAGGUAAAGAUCUUUAUGCCUUAACAAACUGGUAAGGAACGUGCCAAAAUUAGGGAACUAAAGCAAACACAACAACAACGACAACGUCCGAAAACAAUCGGUUUUAACGUGAUGUCACACGAGACGAUUCGCAACGACGAUUAUUAGCGCAACACAGCGUUGCAACAUUGUUGCGACAUUGUUUCAAAUUGUUACAACAUUGUUCCAACAUUGCAGCGUUGUGUUGAGCUAAAAAUCGUCGUUGCGAAUCGUUCCGUGUAACAUCACCUUUGUGAGCAAAACAACAGCUCUGCACGUGCAUCACGCUUUUCUAGUACAUUUCUUUGACGUCCACUGCGCGACUACCACGUGAAACCUUCUAAUGCCACGUUCUAUGAAGGAUGUGAAUAUACAGCGACUAAUUUUCCUGUUUCUCUUUUUGAACCUGGAUAAAGUCCUUAAGAAUUCAACUUCAGGAAAAAUCGCCUACAUUUGACAAAUUGAGCAGGUCCAAAUAGACGCGACAAAGUUUGAAAGGAUGCAAAUUUCGUCUUUUUAGCAACGUUUUCACUGCGGUCGUUGUCGGCGUUGCUUAAGCUCUUUAUUCUUACUCUGAAAAACUGAGGGUGACACAUGGUUACAGGAGAGCAAGAUUGAAACGUUCACUAAGUUGCCACCUUUGAUUUGACAGCCACUGCAGUUGUCAGAAAAGCCUCUGGUUUUCGCGUUGCUUGAUAUUGUUGUUUGUAAUAAUUCUUUGUUUAAUCUAACAGAGGACAUUGAAGGUGACAGUGAGAGCGAGGAAGACGAAGACAAGAAAAGUUCUAGAAGAACAUGUGAGUACGGGCUGUCAGUCAUGUUGCGGAAAACUAGAUAAAGACCACAAGAAAUCAGCUUUCUUUUAUCCGCUGAAUUAAAUUGUGAGACCAACUUAAAUAGCAAAAUAAACAGAACCACGGGAAAGUGCUACUGUGUAGCUUUCAUUUAAAUUGUUGUACUGAAGGGAUUUGAAGAACAGACUCUAAAGUUAAAAACGCCCUGUACAACAUCAUCAACAGAACCACCGGAUACGAAACUUUUUGUCAUUGAAAUGUUCCUAGAAUGAAUUGUAUUCCUCGGCUCAUUGUGGAGCUUUAGCAACGACGACGGCGACGGCCCGACUUGUACUCGGGCACCGGCUCCGGCCCGAAUUCUAGUGUGGGUACUUGAAAAAAAGUUGUUGUGUUUACAUUAGUGCCCAGUGAGUGCCGUUCUCGGGCACUGAUCCCGGGCAUCAAGUUUGAACGCUACCUAAUAUGUUUUUCUUUUAACUCGUGCAGCAAGACAUUCAAGACUUGAUGAUAUUGAGUUGACAGACAAAAAUGAGUGGCAAGACAACGCUACACAAGAAACCACUCACCAUGGAUGGUGCCAUAAUGAAAAGUAUGUUUACACUCUUGUUUUGUUUUUUUUUUCACUUAACAUCGAACCCGCGACCUCCUGCUGUGCAGUCAAGCGCUCUACCGACUAAGCUACCGAAGUCCUUCUGCGGUGAAAUCCGAGGUAGCUGAUAAAAAUUGGCGUAAAAAUAGAGAGUUUGAUUCACUGGGCGGAACUUCAAAUUGGCCAGAUUGUUCAUAGCAGGGUUACAUCAACACAGGGUUAGCAUCAUUUUGAUAUUCAAAUUGAACACUUUACAAAACAAAUUUCCAAGAAUUCUUUUUAGCCUACAAAAUGACUAGUUAAAAUAAAAGUGAGUAGUCUGAAAAGUCAAAACGUCUCCACCUCGUUUCAGACUAAACAGUGGGGCGGAACUCGGAUUGAUACUUAUCCCUGCGUUAGCGAUAACUAGGUUUUGAACAAUUUGGUCCCGGCCUGCUGUGCAUCGGAAAUAAAGAAAAUCUUCCAGUCUGAUCGUAAUACCAUUGAACUUCAUAGAUGCCCAUGUCGGGCUUGGUCAUUUAUUGCUUUCAUAUAUUAUACAUGGUCUGUAUCAUGCCGCAAUCAUCAGCAGUUCUAAAGCGCUCCCUCCGACAAUAUCUCAAGUUUAAUGGUGAUUUUCUCUAAACUUUCCAUAUUACAGGAAAAUUUUAAAACGUUGGCAUCACAGAACGAGACGAGAGCUACGUAAAGCUGUCAAAACGCAGGCGUUUUAUUGGAUUGUCAUAGUAGUUGUAUUUUUAAAUUCUCUAACAUUGGCUUUGGAACAUUAUGGGCAACCGGAGUUUUUAACUACAUUUUUAGGUAAGAGAAUUGUCUGGUGUACGAGGCUAACGGGCACUUUCCUAUGUAACGUGUACGAAGAAAACUAUACAUGACAUAUGAUUUGCCUCCAAUAACAGGGAGAGAUGCUCAGUUUUACUAUGUGAUGUAAAUGCGUUAACUUUUUUAAGAAGCUAACAUGAUACAUUUCGAUUAACAUGGGUUUCAGUUUAGCAGUGCUGUUUCGUUGUUAACAGACCUAAAUAGCGUCGGCGUAUUCCAGCACAAUUUAAUUGCACAGUGUACAGGUAUAUCAAGUUCUAGUUUAGCCAUCAAAACACACCAAAUCAUGUUAAUUGGAAGUAAAGGUGAUCUUACAGGGGACGAUUCGCAACGACGAUUUUUAGCGCAACACAGUGUUGCAAUGUUGGAACAAUGUUGUAACCAUUCGAAACAAUGUCACAACAAUGUUGCAACGCUGUAUUGCGCUAAAAAUCGUCGUGGCGAACCGUCUCGUGUAACAUCACCUUAAAGUCCUUUUGGUCUCUUAAGGCCAUUUCCGAGUGUCCCCAAGCCUCUGUUUCAAAGCGAGGCUAAGUGCGAAGCCAUUGAUAUGAAAAGGAUUUUUAAUUAUCGUGCAAACAAAACUCACUUUCACAACAAAGGUUUCGCACCUAGCCUCGUGUCGAAAGUGAGAGUUUUUGGAACUCAGAAAUGGCCUGUUCAGUGGCUAGUAUCGAAAAUGAAUGUGGACGUGUUUAAAACUCCUCCCCCACCCCCACCCCCUGCAAAUUUUGAGUAUUGCAAUUUUUGGAGGCAAGUAAACGAACGUCUCAAGUUAACUGUAUGACUUACUCUUCCCUGUAUGUUGUGUUUUUCAUUGGAUUUGAUCGUUUUUUGCUUUCAGAUAUUGCAAAUAAAUUAUUUUUAGCCAUAUUCACUGUUGAGAUGCUCAUCAAGAUGUACUGUUUAGGAAUCCAUGGAUAUUUUGCAUCGCUUUUCAAUCGAUUUGAUUGUCUGGUAAGUGUCACCGAAAAUGGACAGCUUAGGAAACCACAACGGCAACGGCAGUGAAAUUGUUACUUGAAAAUUGAAUUCGCGCUCCUCCAACCUUCAUCCCUCUUAUUCUAUUAAAUUCAGUUUUUUAAGUGUUGGAGAAAUUUUCUGGCGUUGACUCUAAGGGCCUGUUUACAUGGAACCCGGGGGGGGGGGGGGGGACCCAGGUAGGUGAGGUAACCCGCUUAGGUGGGGUAACCGCCUGUCCAUAUGAUCUCUUAUUUUAAUUUGAUCACGUUUAUAUGAUAGGUGGGGUGACCCGCCACAUGUUACCUCACCUAUCUAGGGUCCCCACCUCCAUGUAAACAGACUCUAAAGGACUGUAUUUCAGUUCAGAAAUUGUAUUGUGUUUAUGUCCUCCAACGACGGCAAAGAAUGUAUAAAAAAGCGUGAAGCACGCGCAAAGUUGUUAUUUUGCAAAUCUAAAGCUAUUUAUUUUUUGCCGUUCUCGUUGCCGUUGUCCUCCCCGUCGUCGUUGGUUAAGCUCCGAUCGCUAGUAAGAAGUUGAUAUUGGCUAGCUCGCAAGGUGGAGUAGUUUCAUUUAUGUUGCCUACCCGAGCACGCAUACUGUUCUUGAGUAGUUGAAUAAUUAUGUAAAUUUAUGUUCAACAAGUUGAGUUGAAGGAGCAGCUUCACAGGCCACUUGAGUUUUAAAGGCGUGGGAAUUGUUUACUCCGCAGGCGCAUAUUUUGCCCUUAAACAUAGUGAGCAGAGUUUGUGUUUGUUUUUCAUUUGUUUCUUGUUGAUUCUUUCCUCUCAGGUUGUUAUCAGUAGCUUACUAGAAUUGGCCAUUGUUGAGGCAAUGAAUCAGCGGCCAAUAGGAAUCAGUGUUCUUCGUUGUGUUCGCUUGCUUAGGAUUUUCAAAGUAACUAGGUUAGAAGUCUUGUGUUUUUGUAACCUUUAUAAAUUCGCCACUUUUAGAAACGAGAAGAAACUGGGCCGAGGAAACUUCCGCGAAGGCUUCUGGGACUGUUAUUAGAGACAGGGAAUAAGAAUUGACCAAUAGGCCAAUUCCGAGUUUCCCCGCGCCUCUGUUUCAAAACGAGGUUAAGUGCUCAGCCUUUGAUAUGGAGAAGAUUUUUCAUUCUCAUGCAAAUAAAACUCAUUUUCACAAGAAAGGUUGUGCACUUGGCCUCAUUUUGAAAGUGAGGCUUUUUGGAACGCGGAAGUGGCCUAUUAUUGGUCAAUAGGGAAGGCGUUUUUGAGCGAUGCACGUCAACCGGAAGUGAGGCCUUUUCCUUUAUAAUAUGACUUGACGCUUACAAAUUUGUAUUGCUAAGUGUCUUUACUCUCAUAAAGACGAUUUUGCCGAAAAUUUAGGCUAAAACACUGCUCAUGAAUAAUUGAUGAAAAAGAUCCACUUCCGGUUGACGUGCGUCGCUCAAAAACAUCUUUGCUUAAGCUUUCCGGUAACGAUCCCAGAAGCAAUUGCGGAACACAUUUCGGCACCAGUCCCCUUAUCGUUUCUAAAAUGACGAAUUCUUUCUGUGCGGCCCUGCAAGUGCUUUUAUUUUGAGAAAGGAAACUCUCAUAAUGAAGGGAUAUUUUGUGAGUGUAGUCUAGUUCCCCAUGACUCGCUUGUUACUGUGCUGUUUUGGUAGUUUUGCUACGCGUCCGUCGUUUUGCUGUUCAGUCCCACGGAUAUCUGUUUCUUCGCUGCGGGACAUUCAAAUGUUGCCUUUCUUUUUAUGCAGUUGUCUGUUCUGUUCACAUUCCUACUUGCACGGAAUCCACGCAUUUAUCCUUGAUCAAUAAAACAGUCCAGGCGUUGCAGUUUGAGAAUGUUUUGAAAGUUUGUGAAUGAUUUAAAUUCUUUGUUUCAGAUACUGGAGUUCUUUAAGUAACUUGGUGGCGUCGCUGCUUAACAGCAUGAGAUCCAUCGCUGGUUUACUGCUACUUCUCUCUCUUUUUAUGCUUAUCUGCUCGUUGCUUGGGAUGCAGAUCUUUGGUGGUCGGUAAGUGUGCCACAAUCCUUUCAUUUGUCAAUUAGAACUCAACCUACAAAUACACGCUUGUGGAAUGUUGGUUAGCCUGUGCAGUUCAGACGAAACAAAAAGGCGGGCAAGCAGCGAAAAAGCGAGGGAGCGAAAAACGGUGUGCUAUCCUGGAGCCUGAAACAGGCUAAAUGUUAAUAAGACAUUAAGUUGUCUUCACUCUUGUUCUUCUUCAAGGUUCAAUAUGGAUGGUGACCAAAUUCCUCGCAGUAACUUUGAUUCUUUUUGGAGAGCGGUAAUAACAGUUUUUCAGGUGAGGAAACGGUAUCGUUGCAUUUUCGUUUGAUCUUUCUUCUCCUCACGUUGGCAGAAGGAAAUUCGAGGAGAACAAUUAGACCCGGUCCAGACGCCGAACGUUUCAUGAGCUGAACCCUGCAGCGGUUACAGGCAUUGUGUCAUCAGUAGAUUAUUAGGUUUUUAGUGCACCGUUACAAUUCAUACCUAAAGUGAUGAAACUGGUUUUACCUGCGAAAUAAAAAGUCUGCCGUUAGCCAAUGUAUAGCCCGCAUAGACGACCCAUAGACAGGGUAGUGAGCUGGCCAGCUUUACCGAGCAGGGUCAGUUUAUGCGUGAAUUACUUCCUUGUAAAAAUUUUCUCCGCGUCUAAAGUUGUGUAUGAAAAGGCAUACUGGCCCAUUUACUGUUUUGACACCACUCUGCUAUGAACAGCACUGUUGUUUUUGUAUACAGCUGUUUCGAGAAUGGUUAUCGGAAAAACGCGAAAAGUACUCCGCGACAACCCCGAAAGAUAUUAUGGGUAGUUUUAAGUUCGUGAUUCUCUGAAACUUCAGCAUCUUAUAGGUUAAAAUGAGAGGAUGACACGAAAGGCCAUUGAUGUUUGCGAGUGUUAAAAGAAAGUUAUGAAAGGCAAGAAAUCGCUGGUUUUGAAGUACUUUUUAAAAUUCAUUGGUUCUAUCCCAAAGUACCUUUUGGGAUUUCUCGCGUGCACCUUUGCGCUUUGGUUCCGACAGCCUUUCUCGAAAUAGCUCUAUGCCAAACUUGUAUGUUUUACAUCUAUGAUGCGGACACUUGGGUGUGUCCCAUCGGAUUCGGUGUUCAUAUUAAGGAAAGUCAUUUGUAGUCACAUAUGACAUUGUUAUUGUAAUUGUCCGUUAAUUUUUUUUUCCCCAGAUUCUAACAGGGGAAGACUGGAAUGCUGUCAUGUAUGAUGGUAUUCGCUCAUGGGGUGGAAUUGGCGAGGCUGGCGCUAUAUUACCCAUAUUGUACUUCAUAUUCCUUGUGGUUGUAGGAAACUGUAUCUUUUAUGGCAUUUAAUGUAGUGGAAACUUCAACUGUAUUGGUCAUUGUUACGCGUGAGACUGGGGCGAUUUUGUGUCGAAUUGCAGUAUGGGACUCUUUUGGACAGGAGACUGGAUCAAAGUUCGACACAACGUCGACUCGUUCUAAAGCAUAACCAGGCCAACAGAGAGGAGAAGUGUGACGUCUUGUGACGUCACGUCACCAUCUCUCUUGACAGAGAUGGCUAUUUGCAUCGUCGAACGAUGGAAGAAAGUAUGGCCUACUGCUUUGUUCCUGAGUGCAAUCAUGUACAGGGAAGUCGUACAUGUCAUUUUCAUUUUUUGUUUUCGAUUUUUUUUCGGUAUUUGCAGGACCAUGUUUUGGUGAGAUCCAAAAAUAAUUUUGCUACAACAGCAACGUGACGUCUCUCUGUUUAAGAAAAAAAGGACGACAACACCGCUGCAAUUUAAUGAUUUAUAUACCAAACUAGCUAAUUCGAUUUCAGACGUAACCAAUCCAUACAUAAACAACCUUUGAGUCUGGGCGAUGUAUUCCUUAACAUUCUUCAGACAUUCUUCUCAAUGUCUUUUUGGCCAUUGCCGUUGAUAAUCUAGCUGAUGCUGAGAAUUUAACAGAGAUGGAGGAAGAGAAGAAAAAGAAAAAGGAAAAGCGAGAAAAACUCAAAGAAUCUGCUCAGUCGCAAACUAACGUGGAUUAUGAUGGAGCAGUGGUGCCCAAUCACAGUUCUGCCUCACGGUCAAAUGUGUAAGAGCAGGAGUUUUUUCAUUUGGGAGAAUGGGAGAGAUCAAGAGGAUUUCUUCUUUCUAUUUCCUCUUUUAGUUUUUUUUUUCAAAAUAAAUUGAACGCACGGCCUUAUCUGUUUGAGUUGGUUUUUAAGGAAUUUGAUGAUUUCAGCUGGUUUUUAAUUGAAUGGUCACUCCAAUAACGCGCAAACAAGAGCGUCUGAAUUUGUUAACAAAUGCACUUUAUUUGAAUGUCAAUGUAUUUAGCACUAAGGUACUAAUUGAGACCACUAUUUUUUACAUCUCCUGCUGGAGACGCUUACCGCCUCUUUACGUGGUCAUCCGAGCCACGCGAAGGUCUAGCCAUUUGCAGGGCAAAGGCAAUACCUUCAUUUUUCAGUCAUUUUAAGACCCCGAGUAAUAGUCCGGCCCCAGGGAUCGAAUCCGCGACCUUCCGCUCUGUAGUUAAGCCAUCUACCGACUGAGCUAAUCCUGCUGCAGGCUACUUCAACGCCCAUCUGAGAUUUAUAAACACCAAAUUAUAAUCUCUCAAUCUCCCUGAAUGGUUAUCUUGUACCCAGAUUUCUCGGGUUCUUUGGUCAGCGGGUGGUUACUUAAACUAUGUGUAAGCGUUUGACCCAAAUUUUUCGUAUAUUUUUCCAGGACGCUGGACAAGUCAACCCAGGAACUUCAUUCUACAAGCAAUUUGAAUGGAAACGGAAUUGUGAGAGUGAGUUAGAUAAAUACUUUUCUUAUCAAACGUCGGACAUCACUUGUGCCGAUUUAAUGCUUAUGAGGGAAAUCCAUUGUUGUCGCUCAUUUGGGUUAGCACAGCAAAUUGAAGUUCGACGUUUGAUAUGGACCUCAGUGUGACAUUUGACAUUUCAAUGGACCGAUAAACCUGUGGACCUCCAAGUGUAGCGUACGUGUGGUGGAACCUUCCCCCCCCCGCCCUUCCAAGUGGAGAGAAGAGAGCCAACAGCAAACUUAAUUAUUAAAUCUCCUGAAAAUCUUUCUUUAAUCAACAGGCAGCAUCUCACAACGACAUUGAAGCGCAGUCAAGUGAGCUUUCCGAGGUCGGAGGAUCAAAGCCAGUUUUAAACAGUACGUAUUUUUGAGUUUAAAGCGUUAAAUAACGUUCCAGUCUGAUUCUCAAGUUCUUUUGUCACUAAUGUGUUUUGGGUUGCUGUGCUUAUAAGUUGCAAACCCUUUUUACCUCCUCCACCAUCCAUCCAUGUAAGCAUCUUAUUGUGAUGUCUUUUUUUAGACAACCAUGAAAUCCCGACAGAAGUUUCAACCGAGGAUAUUGAUUAUAUGCCCAUGCCUCCGGAGUCGUCUCUGUUUAUUUUCUCUACGACAAACAUGUGAGUAGAAGAAUUCUGCUGUAAUAAAAGCCCAGACAUUCGCCACUUUGGCAGCGAGAAGGGGACUAGAACCGAAAGUGUCCCACAAUUGUUUCUGGCAAAUUUCUGGCAUCGUUCCUCGGCGCGUGCCGCUCAGCUAUUGGCAGUUUUUUUACCUGUCCCAGAAGUCAUUGCGAAAUUCUUCUCGGCCCAAUCUCCACCUCGUUUCAAAGGUAGUGAAUACUGACCUGGUCCCAAGGGACUAAGGGAAACAGGUAAUUUUGGUUCCUAAAGUCGAUCGGUCAUCUAAACAAUAGACAGCUUAAGCAGCAUCGACAACGACGAGGGCAAUGAGAAGGGGAAAAAUGCAAUAGGUUUAGAUUAGAAAAAAAAAAACAGCAUUGCACGUGCACACACGCUUUUUUGUAUGUUUCUUUGCCGUCGUGCACGACUGCGACGUGAAACCUCCUAAUUUCAUGUUUUUUGGAGGACGUGAACACAUUGCAACAUGGCCAGAAAUUUUGGCGGGAAAUAGUUUCAUUGUCUGUGACCUUGAAGAAGUCAGAGAGAGCAUGCGCUCUUGGGAAAAAAUCCAUUCAUCAAUUAUGAGUAUGAAGUCAGAGAGAGCAUGCGCUCUUGGGAAAAAAUCCAUUCAUCAAUUAUGAGUACAGUUGAACCCCGCUAUUUCGAAGUCCCAAGGGAAAUGGAAAAAAGUUCGAAAUAGCGGGGUUUCGAAAUAUUAAACCGGGGAAGCGUAAAAUUGGUAACAGUGAAUCAUUUUUUGAUAAAAUACAGUACUGUUUGAAGAAAGACACUGAUUAAAUAAAAAUACAGUAAUUAUAUGUCGGAUAAAUCAGCAGAUGCUGUUGCAUUGAAAAAUCUUUGAAUGUUCUGUUCGAGCUCAAAUUAAAAUGCAAUACGUUCCCAGCUGUGCUCUUAUGUACGUACUCUGUUUUUGACAAGUUCGAAAUAACGGGGCUGAUUUAAGGUGUAGGGAAAGAACGAUGAGUUCGAAAUAGCGCGGAAUUCGAAAUAACCGAGUUCGAAAUAGCUGAUAGUAAAUGACUGAAAACAUAAGGGUAAAUCCAAGGGAAUUCGAUCUUCCUUCAAAAUAAAAUUCGAGUUAAAUAGCGGGGUUCGACUGUAUACUCUAAAAUUCGAGUAUAAAUAAAGUUUAUGUUACCCCUUGAUUUGGUGUUAGUCCCAACAGUUUUAUGUUUGAACGUUACGUUUCUUUUCAGAAUCCGGGUCAUCUGUUACAAGAUCGCCACCAAUAAGUACUUUGUCAACUUCGUUUUGAUUCUGAUUAUCGUCAGCAGUAUUCUUUUGGCAGCGGAGGAUCCACUCAACGCAAGCGCAAAGAGAAAUCAGGUAGAGCCUCUUUAAGUCUUCUUUAAGAUCCGGUUUUUGAAGAAACUUCGCAUCAUUAAAAUCAGUCUAGAAAAGGUAUCUGCUGGGAAAGUUUGCCUAAACACGUGUUUUUCAAAAUGCUAUGCCACUUGGCCUUCGUUAGUUCGGUUUGCUCAAAGAAAGCUCCCACAAACUGAUUCAUCAUUAAAUUCAAAUGCAAGAAAUAUAACUUACAGUUUAAUGAAUAAGAGUUAAAUUAAUAGAGCCAUUUUUUUUCUUCUCCCAGGUGCUCAACUAUUUCGAUUAUUUCUUCACUUCCGUCUUCACUCUGGAAAUUCUUAUUAAGGUAUGUAACGCAUAUAUAUUAAUGAUCACGCCAGUUAGGUCACGCGAAUAGGCUCGCACCUUGCCGCAAUGCUCUGUGUGACGGCGCAAAAUUCGAUUCUUUAUCGUGUUGCGUGGCGCGUUUUUUAGCUCGCAGUACAGUUGGUCACGCUGUCUUCAGCCUAGAUCACGUUGUAAAAUCACGAUCUCCUACCUGAAAAGAAAUGAACAAAGUGAAAUUUCAUGAACGUAAAUAAAUGCAGCAUAACGUAAUACUGAGUGGUGUAUCUAGCAUGGAAACAAAAUACAGAAUUUUAAAUCUUUAUGGGUUUGAUUGUGCAAUGAACCUUUGAUUCCCCAUCAUCUUCAUUUGUGUGACUCCAGUUAAUAGGCUGAUUUAGCAACAGGACGAGAACGUCAGUUGACGACGGGAAAGCGAGCGGAAAGGACUAAACACGACCUCCGUGCUCAAUUUGCCGCUCUGCCAUCGGUCAAGCCACUUGUUUGAUUUGCGCGCGCCGUUGUCGACUGACGUUCCCGUUCUGUUGCUAAAUCAGCCUAAUGACUCCUCUCUUCUGCCCCCCAACGAGGCCGUUGUGAAGAGGUCCAACUGUAAAACCUUUGCUGACCUUUUCGGCACAGUAUUUAUCUCAACAUCUCUUUAUCUUGCAGUUUGUUGCUUACGGACUUAUUCUUCAUAAGGGUUCGUUUUGCCGCAGCGCCUUCAAUCUUCUGGAUUUACUAGUAGUAUCUGUGUCAGUUAUCUCUAUCGUCCUCAGGUAAGUUGUUUAGUACUUGCGCACCGCCCAGAAAACGCCUGCGUUGCAGGCUUAUGUCACGUGGAGCACGCGAAAUGAGAAUGCAAAACUGUGCAUGGGGGACUGGACACGAGAAAGUCUCAACUUCCGGUGUCUGUCGAGAAGUUCCGGUGUCGGGUGCUUGACGUGCACCUCUUGCGCUUGAAGUCAAUAAAUCCCUCACCGUUUUUAUUUCCUUACGAUCUCUAAAGAGAAAAUAGAGGGUCUGUGAACAGGCUAUGUACGCAUCUAUAACUCAAAAUGUUUGGAAACUUAAGGUGGUUGUGUUUUUUCUCAGGGAUUCACAGUUUUCCGUGGUAAGAAUUCUCCGUGUGCUGAGAGUCCUAAGACCGCUAAGGGCGAUCAACAGAGCCAAAGGACUGAAGGUAUGAAUACCCUGUCACGUAUUGUUCUUUUAUCUGAAACAAGUGGCGAUUUUGACGACGGUAAAAAGCCUCUUGCGUGACAAUUGCGUGACGGAUUUUCGCCUCUGCACAAUGGAUUCCGGAGUCAAAGCCUCUAAAUAAAGUACGUCAUGACGGUCAUGCUAUGAAGAUAGUUGUUUUUUGGACGGUUUUCCACGGAGAGAGCCAUUUUGAAAGACUUUUUUUGAGGGCAAAAACCCGGAAUACUGGCAAAAUUGCCUUUUGAUUAGAUUGAGUGACUAAAAGACCGCUAGACCGCUGGCGAAGCUGUACAACUGUUCUUGCCAGGAAAACAAGUCUUUUUGUCGUUUUCUCUAUCCAAGAAACUUAAUGUUUUUAUUGACUGUUGUAAUACAAAGUUCUUAGCUAUCGUUAUUGUGUUUGCAAAUAUUUUAUUUUUACAGCAUGUAGUACAGUGCGUUUUUGUAGCCGUGAAAACAAUCUGGAACAUCAUGCUUGUAACGAUGCUCUUCAACUUUUUGUUUGCUGUUAUUGGAGUUCAACUGUGGAAGGUAAAGUCCUGUGACACGUGAAGUACCACAGGGUGCCUAUAUGAUAAUACCUGAGCGUACUGUGGCUUGUUUCUCAGCAUUUUACAAAUUUGAAAUUUUGUGAUUUAUUAUUUUGAGUAUUAGUAAAUAUUUUUCUGUUUUCUUUUCCAGGGGACAUUCUUUUACUGCACAGACUCGGAGAAGGACUCAAGAGAAGAGUGCCAGUAAGAAUCAAUUCGUAGGGAGGGGUUCGGAGGGAGGAAAACUUAUCCCUUUCCUCUUCGCGUAUUUCUCCCCAUCCCCACCCCUCCCCUCCCCCUUUUUUUGCGGCUAAUCAUUCAUGAGCUAUUUGAUGUCCAUCCUCGCUGAACAAUAGAAAGAGCGAAGUCCCGGAAACACUUUGCUUCAACACAUGCAACACUGUGCGCGACACUGGACUCAUCUAAAAUGUUUGUAAGGUGCCCAACUUUGUGGGCCUUCCACGUAACAGGGUUUAUCUACCGCCAGAAAUCGUUGCUCGCAAAAUUGGGCGUGGUGUAAGUUAAUUAUCUUUUUUUUCCCUUGUCUUUCAGAGGAACAUUUGUAGAAUUUAAAGGACCUGGCAUGACAAACCCUGUGGUACGUGCAUUUCAUUAUUCGAAUCUUGAUUCUUAUUUUCUUCGGUGACACAGUUACGUGGUAAAAUUUUUACGUGUGAUGUCUCUUCACGGUCACGCUUUUUGUCUAAUGUAACGUCACGAAAGUGACGUCACAUCUACUUUUCACGCUUCAUUAAAUUACUAUUCGGUUUCAGGAAAUGCAGAGAGAGUGGAAGAGACAUGACUUUAACUUUGACAAUGUUGGUAACGCCAUGCUCACGCUGUUUACUGUUAUGACCUUUGAGGGAUGGCCAGGGUGAGUAGUCAUAAAGUGUUCAAAGAAAUGCACCCCCCCCCCCCGCCCACUAUUGGAAAUCAAUUGAGUGCAUUAUACGUCUGAGAGUAGUGAUUUAUCAAGAUAUAAUGCACGCCGCGGCCGCCUCCGUCACCAGCACUAGCGCAAUCUAUGUGGCGUUUUAAUCGAGGAAUACGUUUCUUUUUAUAUAUCUAAGCUUUUGAGAAUUUAUAAGAACGCUGGAGAAGCUCUUAGGGAUGACUGUUGUCGUGUGACUGUUUUCUGUAGUAAAAGGAAGCCCUAAAUUUUGUUACUUUUCGGUAUUGAAAGCAAGUGAAACCUCUUCAUCUGUUGCGCCUACUGGUACCGUUUGUAUUUCGGUACUUAACAAUACAAAAUAUCUUGAGAAAAAUUAUCCAAAACUAUUUGUAUGGUUAUUUUUUUUACAGUAUUUUGGAGAAUUCAAUUGACUCGACUGAGGCGGACCAAGGACCCCACCAAAACAACCGUCCGUGGGUCGCUAUCUACUACAUAAUAUAUAUCAUAAUCAUCGCCUUUUUCAUGGUCAACAUCUUCGUCGGUUUUGUGAUUGUCACAUUUCAAAGCGAGGGAGAAGAAGAGUUUAAAGGCUGUGAACUUGACAAGAACCAGGUUAGCGAGAAUACUUUUUCUGUUUUGCUUGUUUGUGUUUUUGACGCUAAGGUGCCUGUCUUGAUAUUAGUUCUUUAGAGUCUCAUGAAAAGCCUUAACGUGAGCUCAGUAUGAAAACGAGCUGGAACAAUAAAAACUUUAGAUCAGCGGGAAGGAAAUCAGGUCGAGUUUACUUUCGCAAAGACUCAUAGAAAAAAUAAAAAAUAAUGAAACAAAUAAUUUAAAAGAAACAUAACAUGAUUAAGAAUCCCAACUGGUAGAAGGCGAACCAGUUUGCUAUUUUACAAGCAUGGUCGAGGAACAAAUCCAGCUAGCGGCCAAGGCGGGACUUGAACUCGGGGCCUCUGAAUCGCAAGUCUAGCGCUCUAAUCACUCGGCCACGCUGGGAAUGUUACUGGGGACAGGAGAAAAAUUGGCCAAUAGAUGACUGGCGAUCAAUCCUAGAGCGAUCCGAAAAGAAACUCGUCCCCUUGCUAAAGUGGCGAGUGGUCAAAACUAACUCGUCCCAGUUUUUUCUCCAGCGGGAGACUAAAGCUAUUUUGGCGUCCGGGUCAUGGACAUGAAGGUCUUGCCCUUUGUAGGACUCUGGCAGUGUGAUAGCGGUCGAACCUGCGACCACAGAAAUAAGAUUUUAUUGUUUUUUCCCUGUAAUGUUUUCAGCGUCAGUGUAUUGAGUUCGCUCUGAAGGCCAAACCGUUGAAAAGGUACAUUCCGGAUAACCGCCUCCAGUUCCAUAUAUGGCGUGUGGUGACGUCACAGGCAUUCGAGUACCUCAUCUUUGCUUUUAUUGUGUGCAACACAGUGGUGCUGAUGAUGCAGGUAUGUAUAAAUGUGUCACGGUACUGCUCGUGGCGUGCUCUAUCCAGUGCAAGUGUUCUGAGAGUCACGCUAUGUCGUCACACUGUGACAUUUGGAUUGAAUUGCUGUUUUAAGUUGGUGGUGUAACGUUUUAAUGUGACUUAGUCCACUCCAAGUACUCCUUACACAUUGACUGCGCCACAGACUGAACUAAACUUCUGGUUAAUCCCUCUGCGACACAGCGCCACCGCCUGUGUUUUAGGAUUUGAGUACGCGCUAUAAAAGCCAUUGUCAAUUUGCUAAUCAGGUUGAAGGGAAAUUUGAAACGCAUUUCCGGUAACUCGUUGAGUCGGUUAGAGGCCCAGAACAAGGUUAUCGGUGAAUGGUUACACCAAUCAGUUUUGUUCAGAGUCUUACAUGGCUCCAUUACCAGCUGUUGGACGCACAGUAUGAACAGUUGGUAGGAAACCUAACUUCCACGUUCGUGUUUAGUUAUCUAUAAUUGACUGUUUUCUUUUUUCUCUCCUCUUUCCCUAUAGUAUUAUGAAGAACCUAAGUUAUACACCCGAGUGUUAGAUGGCUUCAAUAUUGGGUUCACUGCAGUGUUUCUUCUGGAGUGCAUUCUCAAGCUUAUAGCUUUUAAACCUAAGGUACGAGUAAUAGAUGCUGUGGUUCAGAGCCAUUACAAAGGGGGAGGGGAGAGUGGAGAAUCAAGGAAGGAACGGAAGGUUGGAAGUAAUAGGGGGUAGCUAGAGUGCAUUCUCAAUUUUAUAGCUUUUAAACCUAAGGUAUGAGCAACAGAUAUGUAGUCCAGGGACGGAUUUAACCUGUGUAGCACUUACGAGGGGUGAUAAUGGGAGGAAUUCAGUAGGGAGUAUUAUUUAUUGGAAAAGUAAUAAAGGGACGGAUAGAAAAGGGGGGAAGAAAAAAAGGGUUGGAGGAGAAACAAAGAUUAUGGAAAAAUAACGGGACAGAAGUAUCAUUUCUAAUACGUCGUUCUCGUAUUCGUGAAUCAAAGCACCAGCUUCAGUCUUAAUAGGGCAAAAUAUGAGGUCGACUUGUAGCAAGUCUAGGCAAAAUAACCAUGGUGCUUUUGUUGUAAAUAUCAACAGUUAACGACUGAGACUAAUUCUUAGUUCUCUUUCCGUAGAACUACUUUGUAGACAGAUGGAACCUGUUCGACUUCAUUAUUGUAGUUGGAAGUAUUAUUGACAUAACAAUGAACGAGGUUUCGGUGAGUGUGAACAACUGAUGUGCUGUAAGGGGGUGGGGGUUGGGGGAAGCUUUGCCUCUUUCAUGUUUUUCACCUUAGUACAUGUCUUUGGUGUCAUCUGCUAGACUCAACAACGCCCAACUUGGCAAUAUGCAUGUAAGACAUUGGUAUGCAUGUUGCCACUGAAGAUCAGAAGUUAAUCAAGCUUAAAUAGCGAGUUUGAUGCUUUGCUGAAGCAAAUUAAAGUAAUACUUUAAAUGGUCAAGUUUGAUAACGAAUUGAAAGUAACCAAGCUUUAAAUGAAGUUAAUUUAUAACAUCCUCUUUUUAAUAUCAUUAGGACUCUAAACAUUACGAAUAAAUAAUCAUGUAUCAAGAAUUGUUAAUUUUAGCGUAGCUCAGUUUUGCCAGAGUGGGAAAAGAUGCAAGUGUACCACAGGUCACCCAUCUUCCACAACACUUUGAAUCGCCUAUUUAUACUUUAAAGUUUUAUGUUGUAAAAGCUUUUUUAUUUCAAUUGGUUAAUGCUUGCUAAAUACUGUUAAGGGGAAAGACCGCUUUACUUCAUGUUUUAGGACGUUUUUCGUCGUCAUCGAGGUAUUUCCGAGCUGGAAUUAGCAAUGGAAAGUAGUUCUGAUGGACGAGUACAAAGAAUUGUAAGACCAUAAAGCAUCAUACAUUCAUUUACUUAAACUACGCAAAUACCAUUAAAUGUAAUUAAGCGUUUAACAAUGUGAGCGACUCGUUGUGAGUUAAGCUUUUAAAUAUUUAGACAAAAGCUGGAGUAGGACGUUUAAAUUUUAAAGAUUUUUGAUUUUGCAUGAUUUAAUGACGUUAAAUAUGUUACAUUAAAAUUAAAAUAAACAAAAAAUUCAGCGAUUUCGUGACUUUUACUGACGGUCAUCUGAUCUUGGAAGGUAAGUAUUUCGUUAACUUCUCUGAGCAAUAAUGAAAGUUUUUAAUCAAAACCUUUCGAGGUGAUGCAUAAUUAACACCCACUUUCCAUGUAAAUGCCUCCACUGAUUCAUAUGCAAGACGCUAAUAUGCAAGCUACUGAGCAAAUUGAUUUCAAUUGUACUGUUGUAAUAUGCGCCUUACCAUAGUUGAUAGUAGUACUAUGGCCUUACAGAGCCUGUAAUUUAAUCCUAGGGGUGACCAGUCACACAAGGCUACUGAUCGAUGCUUUCUCUGAGUAAAAAACACAGUGUUUACUCUGCUGUACCAAAUGGCUCUAAUUUUCGAGUCUGUUCAUGAAAUCCUAAAAUGUGACCAUUCAAAUAAAGGCUACGGUACCUGUAAGGCUGUUUAUUAUGCCAUACAGGGUGGUUCUAACUUGUGAGUUCGUGCUGUGUUUUACUCGGGACAAAGUGUAUAUGGAGCCCAAGAACAAAAAAUGUUUACACCUACCACUCACAGUCUGUUUGGUAAUGUUGUUACAUGUUAUUUUCUCAGAGUGAGCAAAUGUUUGCUUUUGGAUUCUUUCGUUUGUUUCGCGCCUUGCGUCUCGUGAAGCUUCUCAACCAAGGGUCUGGGAUCAAGACUCUUCUUUGGACCUUUAUCAAGUCCUUCCAGGUGAGCUUCGUUGAAACCCGGACUACGGGUAGCCAUUGUUGGCAGAAAUAUGUUCACUUUCUUCUCCAACAUGGUGCCCGCCAAUGUACGUUCAUUUCAGUAGCGACAAGUAAUUUCUAGAUGUGUGAAGGCUGUCGGCUAGGUAUAACGUCCUGCCGAGUAUACGCCUACUGCUUUGUUGUAUUUAGCGGAUCGAUGUCUUUAAGCUUGUAAGUAGAAGAUAGAGUGUUCUUUCAUUAGCAAGAGUCCUUCCUUGUUGUUUUUUGUUACAGGCUCUACCAUAUGUUGCACUUCUGAUUGUAAUGAUGUUCUUCAUUUAUGCUGUAAUUGGAAUGCAGGUAAGAUGUAAAGUUAGAAAAAGUGGCUCAAAUUUUCAUUGUUUUGAGCAUUUUUUUUUUGCUCUCUGUUUUCUUUUUUUCAAGCGUGAUGGAACCCAAGUUAUGAGUAAAAUAAUGAGAGUAUUUCCAACACAACUGAAAUCUGCUCUCUUCCAAUACGUACUGCUUGCGCCACAGACGGAACUAAGUCCGUCUGCGAAACAACGCAGAAAUCCUUGUUCUGGGCCGUCACCUGUGUACCAGGAUUUGAUUACGCGCUAUGAUUGGCCUGUUAAAAAUGCCAUUGUCGAUUUGCCACUCAGGUUGAAGGAAAACUCGUGACGCAUUUCCCAUAAUUCUUGAGUCCGUCGAAGGCCCAGAACAAGGAUCUCGGCGCUGCGUCGAAUACGUUACCAACCGAAGUUAGAUUAAAUCUGUGACGCAUGCGUAAUACAUGUUGUGUUUUGCAGAUGUUUGGUCGUAUUGCACUGGACUCGGACACGCAAAUAACGAGAAAUAACAACUUCCAGACAUUCCCUCAGUCUCUUAUGGUGCUCUUCAGGUAACAAAAACGGUUGUUGGUGACAUUUGCUUCAAAACUGAUUUUACAUUUUGCAUUCCCUUUAGUGGUAAAACUAUCGAUACCAUUUUUCUCUUAGAUCUGCCACUGGCGAAAACUGGCAGCAAAUUAUGUUGUCGUGUACAAAUCGGGAUGACGUGAAGUGCGACCCUAGAGCGGACCCGCAAGAACCCUCAGGAUUGUGUGGAUCGGACUUCGCUUACUUCUAUUUCGUCUCAUUCUACUCAAUUUGUUCAUUUUUGGUAAGAAUUAUUGUUUAGGUAGCGUUUCCUUUCGAUAUUAAAAGGCUGUACUUAUGAUGGAAAAUUAAAUUAUCCGUCUGCACUGCAAAAGAGCCAACCUCGUUCCCAGGGUUCUCUCCUACGUGUAGGAGAGAACCCUGGGAACGAGGUUGCCAAAGAGCCUGCCAGUACAUAUCUUAUCAAUGCGGGCCAAAUCCAACAUUUCGGCAUUGUACCUUAGUAGUCAAUCAUUUGCGAGACUUCCAUGGUCCAACUGUAUGGUUGUAUGGUAAGGGAUGAGUAUUAUUAAUGUGUGGUAUAUCGAUUUUCUUUUUCCAUUCUUCACAUGAUAAAAAUUUCCCAAUGCCAGUAAAUUAGUUUGUUUCUUAAUUUCAACUAACUUUAAAUCAUUUUUGUGAGAACAAUUUUUGUUGGCACUCCUAGUUAUUUGCCAGACCACAAGGUUUCUUUUUCUUUCGGCACAACAAAGUUUCUUUUUUUCCUUUUAGAUCAUUAACCUGUUCGUCGCUGUCAUCAUGGACAACUUUGACUAUCUGACUCGUGAUUGGUCAAUUCUCGGCCCACAUCAUUUGGACGAGUACGUGAGGGUCUGGUCCGAGUAUGAUCCCGAGGCUCGAGGCUGCGUCAAGCACGUGGAUAUUGUAAUUUUGCUAAAGAGAAUAGCGCCACCCUUGGGAUUUGGAAAGUUCUGCCCGCAUAGGGAAGCCUGCAAGGUAACGACCUACCUGUAGGAUAGGAUAGGAUAGGACAGGAUACCGAUUAUCCCAGACACAGGUUUACAUCGAUAACAAAGAUUUUUGCAAUAAUUACUCAUUUUAGAAUUUUCAACUAGACAAAGUUGUUAUAUAUUCAGCCACAAUUUUUUGCGAUUUCUCUCCUUGGAGAAUUUUCUUGAUGCGUCAAGAAAAGGUUUCCUUUUUAGCGUAUUGAACCGAUUAUCUCAGAGGUAUUUCCUCCUGUUAUUCCAGAAAGUUAUAUAUUACCCUGCGGAGAAUUUUCUGAUGCGUAAGGGUGAUUAUAAUAUAACUAUUUGAUCUGCAUUUUUUCCUCAGCGCCUGGUCACCAUGAACAUGCCGCUGACCAAGGAUGGGAUGGUCGACUUUAAUGCUACUUUGUUUGGACUUAUAAGAUCUUCUCUUAACAUCAAAAGACCUGAAGGUAAGAUGUAGAUUGGAAAUCAAGUAAGUCUUAAACAAGAACGAAAUCCCUUCAUGGAAGGAAAUGAUUGCAAAGUGUCAACACUACCUCUUUUGGUAAAGAAAAGAAAUUGCAUGAUUGUUCACUUGUUAGCCCUGUACUGAUAUGCAGUGGACCCAGUUAAUUCGAAUACUGCAGGCUCGCGCAGCUGGGCGGAGCUGCCACGCGACGCGAUCAGCGGAGUUGCGAGGGAUUUUCCCCUCGCGGUAUAGCCGCCAAAUAGCUACAGCACUCGUGGCCCUUCUCGCCCUCAUAUCAUAUCAGCUACGCAGGUUGGUUUACUGCUUGGGCGUUAAAUGUGGUCUUAAUACGGGGUGGUAGGACGUUUUUUGUGCUUAUUAAGUACAGAAUCCCUCACCAAGGUGAUUUAAAUCCAGUUUCAGGCAAUACCAAAAUACCUUGGGAACCUGGAUUUAUUUUCUGUGCCAGUGUGCCAACUAACAGGGGCAAAUCGAUGCAAGACGUCCAACAUAGUCAAUACGAUGGUUCUCCGCUCUUAUUUGUUGUUGUUUUGUUUUCCUUGUUUUUCUUACAGGGAAAGGUUCAAUCGACAAAGCUAAUGCAGAAGUCAGGAAUAUUAUUCUCCGCAUCUGGCCGAAGACGCCGUUGGAGCUCCUAGAUAGAGUAGUGCAGCCUCCAGGGACGCGUAAGUAUCUGCCACUGUGAUAUCAAGUUCAUUGAAAAUGGGAGGAUUUCCUGCCUGCGAAUACGAGUUGAAUAGCGAGGUUGCGGAAGGUUGUUGCAGAAAGUGGAGAGUAGUUCUACUCUUCAACCAAAAUCUGUGUAUGUUGGUGCGUUUUACCGGCCCGAGACAAACAUAUUUUGCAACAAGUGACGUAAAUCCCAUGUAUGGCGUGACUCCUACGUAAUUUUAUCCAAUUAGAAAACAGUAUUAAGGCAACUUGCAACAACCUAAUUUGUUGCAAGACAAGUUUGAUUUUACCGUAGCUUAAAUCUCUCUGAUGUCUCUGAGAUUGAAAUGGUCGAAAUCAGAUGAUUUUUCUUGAUCUAACCCUUCCCACUCUUAAGUGACUGAUAAAAUGUUAUUUCUUUUCUUACCCAGAUGACGAUGUUACAGUAGGCAAGUUCUAUGCUACCUACCUGAUUCAAGAAUACUUCCGCCGCUUCAAAGCGAGACAAAAGGCCCAGGACCAGGCUAAUGAAGUUCAAGGGAAUAGCACUGUGGCUUUGCAGGUAAGCGUUGGUGACUGAUCAAGUCUGAUACAACUGUUAUUUUUAACUGAUCAAGUCUGACACGAUUAUUAUUUUCAUUGUUAGGCUGGUCUCAGAACUCUUCACGGGCUUGGCCCACAACUGCGCCGUGCUAUUUCUGGUCAGCUGGGUAGCGAUGAUGAUGAACUGUAUUUAAAAGAGGACGAUUCUCAAAAAGCGCAGGUAAUCCUUGUAUAAUCUUAUAGUUAUGAAAAAGAAAAAGGAGAACCUCUUUUCUCUCUGUUUGACUAAGCUUUCAAUUGACUGGUUAUUCUUUAAGCCUUCAUCGACAGCCUCAAAAAUUUGAACCAUCUUUCACAUGCUAUCUUCAUUGUUAAUACGUUAGAACCAAGGCACAAACCGCACCCAAGGGAAUUACUACUCCGCAGAAUAGUGUAAUAAACGGUCCAAAAGAACUGAGAAUUCCAGCAGCAACUUUCAUUUGAAUGGUCUUAAUGUAUAACCGACCGACCGACAGAUAGUUAGGCCAACCUCAUACCAUAACCGAGACGGGUUUGUCUAAUGAGAAUUGUGUUGUAUGAGAUAAGUAACACAGUUUUAUUCUCAUAGCACAAAGGCUUCUGGGAGAGUCUGAAAAAUGCUGUUUCCUCAUCGCCGCGUCACAGGUAAAAAGCUUUAACUGUACACGUAACGCUUCGUUUGGUUCUAGACUAAGCGAUGUUACUUUGAGAGGAAACUGCAUGCUGUUUGAUCAGUGUUAAGGCUGCUUGCUUUUUUCUAAAUCUUCCUUGUUAAGAUGACUGAACUACUGCAAUUUAUUGUUUGAGGUUUAUUCUGUGCUGAAGUCAUUACUUAGUACCUGUACCCAAACACAAAAUUUCAAUGCUGAGCUUUAGAGUUAUGAAGAAUAUAUCGAACAAAUUUCAUGAGGGAACACUAUCAUAAUAACCAUAAUAUAUUUUUUGGGUGUUUACUGCAGGCAUAGCAUCAUCUUUUUCAAGUUUCAGUUCAUUUCCAAGCUUGCCAUCCGUUUCAACCGACGAAACGAAAACGUUCUAAUGUCUUAAUAUAACCUUAAAUAGCACAACUGUACCAUUAUUUUUUGGAAUUCAAUUGAAGCCAAGAAAGGUUUUAGCUUUUUAAAAAGAUGGAAAAUAGUCUAAACUAGUAUAGCUUUUUAUAUAUUCUUUUUCCUUUGCAGCAUGAGAACUCCAAACAGAUUUACACGUCCUGCCUCUUUUCGCCUUUCUGCUUUACUCCCUGGCAGUGGGAGUCUGGUACAGGCCAAGAAGAAGAGUUCAUCCAUGUCGAAUCUCAGUGAAAAGAUGGUAUGUGACAGAAAAAAAUAAAUACUACUUCCUGCGCUUCUGAAAUGGGAUUUUUAGCCACAAUACUAAAGGUAUAGGGGAACUUUAGAGACAGAAUAUUUCCACCUCGCUUGUUUACGUUCUCCAUCGAUAAAACGUGAAAGUAAGUAUUUUCACUUCUGAGUAGCGUUGUAGUGACUGCAAAGAAAAGUACAAAAAAGUGUAAUGCACGUGCAAAGUUGUUGUUUUGCUUCAGAAUUUUAAACCUAUUGCUUUUUGGCGGUUUUCAUUGACGUCGCCGUAGUCAGAACUAAAGGUCCCUAUCGGAACUCGGUUUUUAUUCUACCGAGUCGCCUGUGUCACUGACUGAAACUUAUAGUUAGUCACCCAAAGAAAAUACAAAGUAGUCGAGUCCAGUUUUGCGAACGAUCUCUUCAACGCUUCAUUAAUCCUAGAAACGUUUUCCCCUGUAGUACAACAUGUUUGUUGUAUCAUGAAUCGCAUUUCUUCGAUUCUACAUUCUUUCAUUCGUUUCAAUAUUUUUUUCAUUCAUUUUCAGCAUACCGAGCUUUUCAGCGAGAAACAAUUUCUUGUUCCCGGGACAUCAGGGGACGAAAACGCGAAUGAAAGCGAGGCUGGUAAGCCAUAUCAUGAACUUCCAUUAUUAAGAGAACCGGAUGAUCUGGGUUCUUUACCUGCAAUAAAAGGUCAUUCUGGCGUGAAGGCAGCUUCAAGUUUACCUUUACCCACUGCAGGCUAUAUACACGGUCCAAUAGCAUAUCUACGACAGCGCAGCAGGAGUGAAACCUCGGGAGUCAUAGUUCCUUGGCCUUCACCGAGAGAAGUAGAAAAAGGGUCUUGUUCACCACGCGACAUUGAGCGAGACCGUACGGAAAGCGUGAAAAGCCUUCUCGAGGACGCACUAAUCGACGAAGGAAUAUCGAUUACCGUGGACGACCCACUUGUUAGGGUUGCCGAACAGGAAAUUGCCGAAGCUUUCGACGUUUCCGAAGAUGAACUGCACGAAGCUGCUGGAAAGAUUCUAGCAGACGCUAGCAGUCGUCGUGAAGUAGGCGACGAAUCACGUAGCGAUAAAGAGUGCCUCGACGAGGAUCGCACCACCGCGGAGGCCGACAGUCUCCGAACAUCUCCGAAUGUGUCGCUUCGGUGGUCGGGUGGAAUUCAAAUGGUACCCGACAGCGAGUUGGUGAUCACAGAUCUGUAACAAGUACAGCUAAAUGGAAGCGGUGUUAGUGCAAGGAAAUUUUUGCGCGUCGUGCAAGAACCUGUCCAUGACACGUGACCUUGAUGCGCUCAUGCUAUUUGUUGAGGGUCUUUUCAUUUCAGUCCGACCCGUCAGUUGUGGAGACUGAUUCAAAACAGCGUAUUUCAAAAUGGCAGCUAACGUAUAAGCCGCCUGUCAGGCAUUAUUGAUACCAGGUCCCAUUUACGGAAUUUUGGCCAUUUAAGAGCAAUGAGAUCUUAACAUCAUAGAUAUAAGUUUGAAUAUCCAGUUUACUGUGGUAUUUUUUAAAGGAAAGAAAUAUUGUAACUUACCUUUUCGCUUGCAAGGCUCAUGUCUUUGCAAUAAACAGUGAGAUAUUUUAAACUUAAUCAUUAAACUUGUAGUAACCUAAAUUAAUUAAUCUUACCCAUAUGUAGAAAUUAGGGACAGACUUUUAAUAGGCUAAUGUGAUAUUUAUUGCACAGUUUCUUUGUAAUAUUUCUUAUUGCCUGGUUAAUGCGGUUUUCCUUUAUAAGAGAUAUCCGCAGUAUCAAUCAAAUCUUUGUAUCGAAUUUAUGCAGAAGAAAUUUUUUUUAUUUUCUUUAUUACUACUAUUUUUAGGAAUUGCUUUUAACUGAAAUUUUUGUCUCCAAAAAAUGAGCAACUCUACAGAGAAUCUUUGCUUAUGAUUUAUAUUUUAGUCUAAAACCCUUCAAUCCCUAAAAGCUAGCGGCAUUAAUUUCUUAUUUUCAAUUCCUUACUUAAUCAUUGAAAGAGGUCCUAAGAUUGAUUGUCAGUUGCGUUUCUUGACUGCUGUAGUUUUGCUUUGCUUUUCUUUGUGACUGGCUGUAAAAUCUCACCGUGCGCCAAUUUUUCAACCAGUCAUUGCGUCACAAAACGUGCCCCGGUUGCCUUUGUCACAAUCGCUUUCCAGUGCUUGGCUGCAUGCACUUUACUCAAAGAUCUGAUUGUUUUAUUGUUUUGCUUUUUGUUGAAGAACGUCCAUUUGAAUGUUGCUUUGUAAAUGUUGCUAAUGAAUUUCAUCCUCAGUUUGAUGCAAUGCCCCUUCAGGUCAAGAAUAGAGAAUUUCUCUUUUUCUAAUAGGGAUUGAAAGGUUAUUUAUGUUGUUUUAAUUGUAGUUAUCUUUUUUUUUGAAGAAGGAAUUUAAUUUAGUAUAUUGUUUCAAAACGAUGAAAUGAAUUGUUUUUUUUUUAACACGAAAUACAUUGUAAAAACAAAAACAAAGACGAUUUAAGGUUAAUUAUAGUGUUGAAUAUUGCUUAAAUGUACGCGCUUAGAAGACAAAAUUGGAUAGUUUUGUUCCUUCUCAUAGAAACCCAAAACGACGAUAAAAGUACUUUAGUAGUUUUUUUCCAAGAUGGCAUAGUUAAGUGCUUCGCCGUGUAUGGUCAUAGAGACUGUCGGGAAAGGCCUUAACUAUUUCCCUCGGGAUCAGAUAGUUCGUGUUAAUGAAUCCCUCUAAUUCCUUAUCUAACUUUUGUGUCUCUUGUGAUGGAUAAAAGGGUACUGCAUCUAUUCAACACUUCAAUGAACCAUUGUAUUCAGAAGAUAUUUUUGUAGCCUGAUAUAUUUAUGCCUAGCUGAAAUCGUAACAUAUGAACAUAGAUAUGGUAGAUAAGAUUUUUAUUAUACGGCUGUAGAGCGUUUUUUUACCGGGUUGUAAAUAUAGAUUUUAAUUU